AUGUUAGAAAAAGCUACGACAACCUGCUGGAGGGGAAGGCAGGAUGGCACGGCGACAACCAUGCAUGGCACGCCCAUGCAGUGGGUGCACGCAGCCAUGUUGUCGUCUUUGCUUCUGACCAGACCAGACGGCCAUAGCCUUCUGCAAAAUGCCUUCAGCAUUGCCUUCCUCAUCGCCGCUUUCAGCACUGGUGGGAGAUUUGACUUCUCCCUCCCUCCUCCUCUCCCCUGCUCGUCAGUAAGCGCGUGCUCCCGCGACGAGAUGGCUGACGCCUUCCUCGAGGUGGGUGAUAGGGUUGGGGAGAGGUGGGCGCGGGGGAGGGGAGGUGUGGGGGCGGGGAGAGGGCUGGGGGAUUGUUGGGAAAGGGCUGGAAGAUGGCCGAGGGAGGGUGGGGGGAGGGUAGGGGCAUGGAGAACGAAAUCGGGUUCUCCCGCGACGAGAUCGCUGACAGCUUCCUCUAGGUGUGUGUCAGACCGCAUCAUGGUGCUGCGUAAGCUGGCGCAGGACAUGCGCGAGUGGAUACACCGGCGGGUGAGCCAUGGGAUAAGGGGUGAUUGUUAUGGGAUGGUGCCGGUAAGCAAUGGGGGGGCCCGCGAGGAGGGGAGAAGGGGGAUUAGAAAAGACGGAGGGAUAAAGGGUGCUGGCACAGGACAUGCGCGAGUGGCCGGCCUGCGGGUGGGCGAGAGGGGCAGAGAAGGGGGGGAGGGAAUACGGGGGAUAUGGAAGGGUUAA